AUGACUAGUGUUGAUGACUUCCAGGCCGCCAUUUCCGACGCUUGCCGCAACUACUACGAUGCUACGACUCAGCCCUACAACAAAACGAGAGUGUUGGCCGUCUUUUGGGAGAAGGAUGAGAGCGCAGGCCUUGGUAAGAAGGCCAGAAUUGUCCGUGACGUCUUUCAGCGGUCUUAUGGCUAUGAUGCCGAGCUUUUAGCCAUCAAAAUGACAGAUCCAAACCCAGAUAUCACGCUUUCUUUCAACCUCGGUCGAUUACUCAGUGGACUCAACAAAGGCGAUCUGGCUAUUUUUUAUUACACGGGCAACGGCGACCGAGGGGCUUUCCAGCAAGUGCGAGCCCAGAUCAUCGACCCAUCUCCUGCUGACGUCCUCAUUCUUUUGGACUGCUGUGUUACUCCUGGGAAAGACAUUGGACAUCGCAACCCGUCUGGAUUUACCGACGCCCUCGUCCAGCAACUCCAGCAUGCCAUUGACAAUCAACACAUCCUGUCCACGGCUCAAAUCUACAGCCGUCUGGCCACUCGACACUUGGCCACUCAGUACUUGGCCAUUCAGGGCCGAAUUUCUCAGCUCAGUGCCAUGCCCUACUUCCUCCAGAACUCGGGGGAGGGCCGAGCACCUAUCAUGCUAGCUCCCAAAAUGGCUCAUGAAAGUUGGACUCCAGGUGACGUCUUGGCAACCUUCAACAGCCCAGUCAUUGUCAUUCUUCGCGUCCAUCUUCGAGAUGCUCACGCUUCCACUUGGAACCAAAUAAGACAGUGGCUCCUCGAAAACCGUUGUCAUAAUAUCGAUGGGAUCAGGAUCAAGUCUACGUUCCCGUCUUUGCCCAAGGGUGCGAUUGGCAUCAUAGAGGUUACCUUAGAUAAAUGGUACACGCUCCGUGAGGACCCUGCCAUUUCAUUCAUUGGCUUUGAGGAAAAUCACGAUCCUUGUAUACAUAUUCCAACAGUUAUGCCAGGUGCUAUACGACCCAUUUGUAUAAAUCAGAUUUAA